GCAUGUGAGACGUUCGUUGACGUCUUCCGCCAAUACUUAGACGUUACGCAUCAUGCCCUCUUUCUCCUGCCACUUCCUUCUGUCCCGUUUCACAAAUUAUUUCUUGUUCUUCUUUCUCACUGACACAGAAGUAUGGCCGAGGCGGCCAGUCCUCGAUCGCUUCGUUGCAUCAUCACGGUGACGGCGCCGAUACCACCGCUUCCAACCCAGUCCAUUUCAGAACAGCGCACCUUGACAACGAAGUCCAGUACAUUUUACUCUAGCUCGACAGAGAUACAGUCUUGUAUGGCGUCUUCUUCUUCUGUGACAUCCUUGGGGACAUACAUCGUGGCGACAGUGAUGAGUGUCUUUGCUGUAGUGAUGUUCGCGUCAUUGAUGGCGUGUUUGAGGAGACGAUGGAAGAUGAAUAGGCGAAGGCUGGGGCAUGAGGAUUGAGUUCUGGGCGUGGACUUCGAAAGGGGAAACUGGCUCAGUCAUCAAUAAUAGUCGCACGAAGAAGAUCCGGGACUGAAUCUACCCUCAGGCGCUAGAAGCUUGCGCCCGGUGACUGCAG